AUGAAAAAGCAUGUUUUAACUACAAACUCAUCUCAAGACAAUAUUGAAUUUGUAAAUAAAAUUCUAGGAAAAGAAUUCUAUUCAAGCUUCAAAAACAAUGCACUCGAUAAGACAUUAUAUUAUGAAUAUAUAAAUGAUGUUAAUCCUCACAGAAAUUCAAAUGAUAUUGCAUAUCUCUUUGAUCUAAUCCCUGGAUUUGUCAAAUAUCAUUCAAUUAGUGAUGAAAUGCCAAUCAAGUUUAAUAAUAGUAAUAUUCAAUGGCUCUUAUAUCUCCAUCCAGAAGUGAAACUUUUCAUAGAAAAUGCCCAAGCUAUCGAACUCGACGCGACAUUUCCACUUGAUGAUUAUAUAGCUAUAUACCCCCAUAUUAUAUAUGGUAACAUGGGUUUCCCGUUGGGUGUAUUUAUAGGACCCUCGGAGUCGGCAAAAUCUUAUCAAUUGAUUUAUGAUACACUUAAGACAAUUGUUGAUGAAAGUAUUAUCAAAAAAAUCCCAUUCAUAAACGAUUUUGGAAAAGGUUUGGAAUCGUUUACAUCAUUCAACCAUUUGAUUGUGUAUUAUUGCUUGAGACAUUAUUUAAAUCGAUUGGGGCAGGCACCUGGAUUUGUGCAAUUGCGAGUACAAUUGUUUUUGCGUGGAAUAUAA